CUAACAAUGGUAGGCUUUUGACUCCAACGUAGGCAUAGUGUGGAGACAGCGAGUGUGACUCCUCUUCCCAUCAUUCGGUGUCACCACUCCUACUUUCUUGCUCUCCUUCCCCCUCCCUUCCUCUGUUCUCCUUUUGCUUUCCAUCUGUGCCCGCAGUUGGCUCGCAGUGACCCGCGGUGGAGAGGCGUCGGUGAUCAAGGAAAGCGCGUGCGAAUCUUCGCGAGGCCUCGUGGAGCUCUUUCCAUUUUUCUCCUGUCCUGGUCUUCCUCCGCCUCCCCCGCCGCCGAUUCUUACCCUCUUUUGCGCGAGUAACCGUAGAAGAUGGGCGGGUGAGCACCGGAACCAGGAAAGAUGGGGUCUUGACGUGCAAGAGGUGAGGAGCGGCGGGAGGGAUCCGAUGGAGAGGGGGAGUGAUCGGAGAGAGGUGGUAUUUUGAUGGAGGAGGCGCGAAGAAUGGAGUGGGAGAGGGGCCCUGGUGGUGGUGGUGGCGGCGUGAGGAACGACGAGGAAGGGGAGGGGAGGAGUGGGAGCGGAGGAGGAGGAGACGGUGCGGGAGGGGAAGGGGUUCUCUACGUGAAGGUGAUGACGGACGAGCAGAUGGAGGUCCUCCGUCGUCAGAUCGCUGUGUACGCCACCAUCUGCGAGCAGCUCGUCGAGAUGCACAAGGCCAUCACCGCCCACCACGACUCCCUCGCAGGAAUGAGGCUGGGAGGCCUCUACAAUGAUUCCCUGAUGGCAUCUGGUGGUCACAAAAUCACUGCUAGGCAGCGAUGGACUCCAACAAGCAUGCAGCUACAGAUUCUGGAGACCAUGUUUAAUCAAGGCAAUGGGACUCCAAGCAAGCAGAAUAUAAAGCAGAUAACAACUGAGCUAUCACAACAUGGUCAGAUCUCUGAGUCUAAUGUCUACAACUGGUUCCAGAAUAGAAGGGCACGAUCAAAACGCAAGAAGAUGGCUGCAUUACCGAGUAAUACCGAAUCUGAAGCCGAGGCAGAUGAGGAAUCCCCAGAUGAGAAGAAACCCAGGCCCGAUGAGUUCCAUCACGAAAACCUGCCUGUCAGCAUCAGUAAUCAUCCCAUUUACGAUGAACAAAUGAAUGCAGAAGUCCAUUUGUUAGCAUCUGAGAUAAAUCAAGCACAAGGCAGAUGCCGGUUGAAUGAGAGUUUGAAGUCUUCUGGCGGUUUGGACCAUAUGUCCUAUGAAAGUGUUCUAUCUACUCCAAGAUUAGACCACCUGAUGGAUAAGUUUGAUAUGCCGACGAGCUUUAGCCCUUUCCACUCUGGAGAGAGGUAUGAUGUCAUGGGUUGACAUCGUGUUCGAGUCAAAACUGAUCAUGACUCGAUAAUGACCGAUAAGUUACAUUUAGGGAACUGCAGAGGUAUAUUCGAGGAAUUGUGAUAUACUGCUCCAACUGAGAAGGUGCUUUCUGGAAAUCAUGUAUGUUAUUAGGAUCUACUAGAUGACUCUUUAUCAAACUUUAAAUCAGUUUUUGGUUCCUUCUUACAUCGAACAUUAGCAAUAAAAAUAUAGUGCACGUGCUUUUCGUCAUGUUCAAUCGUCA